CGGCUGCGGAGUCACGUGAGCGGAGUAACAUGGCCGCCGCCCCCUGAGCGCGGCAGGUGCGGGAAUGGACCUGGUCGCUUGAGUCGCUGGGGACAGGUGUACGGGGGCGGGGUCCAGGCCCAGGUUUCCGAAUCGGCGCGCUGCGGCGGAGCGAGGCAGGCGGGCCGGGGCGGCGUGGCCCAUGAGCCAGCGCCGGAGGCAGCGCGGAGCCGCAGACUCCCCUGGUCCCCGGCGCAGCCCGGGCAGUCGCGGGCUGAGGAGGAAUCGCGGGGCUCCGGGGGGCACCCCGAGUUGCCACCAUGAACCCCGAGAAGGACUUCGCGCCGCUCACGCCCAACAUCGUGCGCGCCCUCAAUGACAAGCUCUACGAGAAGCGGAAGGUGGCGGCGCUGGAGAUCGAGAACCCCUCUCCCUCUCUCUCCAGGCUGGUCCGAGAGUUCGUGGCCCAGAACAACACCGUGCAAAUCAAGCAUGUGAUCCAGACCCUGUCUCAGGAGUUUGCCUUGUCUCAGCACCCCCACAGCCGGAAAGGGGGCCUCAUCGGCCUGGCCGCCUGCUCCAUCGCGCUGGGCAAGGACUCAGGGCUCUACCUGAAGGAGUUGAUUGAGCCGGUGCUGACCUGCUUCAAUGACGCAGACAGCAGGCUGCGCUACUACGCCUGUGAGGCCCUCUACAACAUCGUCAAGGUGGCCCGGGGCGCCGUGUUGCCCCACUUCAACGUGCUCUUUGACGGGCUGAGCAAGUUGGCUGCUGACCCAGACCCCAAUGUGAAAAGUGGAUCUGAGCUGCUAGACCGCCUUUUAAAGGACAUCGUGACGGAGAGCAACAAGUUUGACCUGGUGGGCUUCAUCCCCUUGCUGCGGGAGAGGAUUUACUCCAACAACCAGUACGCCCGGCAGUUCAUCAUCUCCUGGAUCCUGGUUCUGGAGUCGGUGCCAGACAUUAACCUGCUGGAUUAUUUGCCAGAGAUCCUGGAUGGACUCUUCCAGAUCCUGGGUGACAACGGCAAAGAGAUUCGGAAAAUGUGUGAAGUGGUCCUUGGAGAAUUCUUGAAAGAAAUUAAGAAGAACCCCUCCAGUGUUAAGUUUGCCGAGAUGGCCAACAUCCUGGUGAUCCACUGCCAGACCACGGACGACCUGAUCCAGCUGACAGCCAUGUGCUGGAUGAGGGAGUUCAUCCAGCUGGCCGGCCGGGCAAUGCUGCCCUACUCCUCUGGGAUCCUGACCGCCGUCUUGCCCUGCCUGGCCUACGACGACCGCAAGAAGAGCAUCAAGGAGGUAGCCAACGUGUGCAACCAGAGCCUCAUGAAGCUGGUCACCCCUGAGGACGAUGAGCCUGAGGAGCCAAAGCCAGUGGUGCAGAGGCAGGCAGACCCCAACCCCGACAACUCUUCGGCAAAGCAGGAGGGGCCAGGCAGUGGAGGCCCCGAUGUUUCUUGUGACUCCAGCUUCAGUAGUGGCAUCAGUGUCUUCUCUCCAGCCAGCACUGAGAGGGUCCCAGUCACCCUCCACCUGGACGGGAUUGUGCAGGUGCUGAACUGCCACCUCAGCGACAUGGCCAUCGGCAUGAUGACCCGGAUCGCCGUCCUGAAGUGGCUUUACCACCUCUACAUCAAGACUCCCCGCAAGAUGUUCCGGCACACGGACAGCCUCUUCCCCAUCCUCCUGCAGACGCUGUCGGAUGAAUCUGAUGAGGUUAUCCUGAAGGAUCUGGAGGUGCUGGCAGAAAUCGCUUCCUCCCCUGCAGGCCAGACAGAGGACCCAGGCCCCCUCGAUGGCCCUGACCUCCGGACCAGCCACUCCGAGCCUCAGGUGCCCACCCCUGGCAGGGCCGGCCUGCUGAGCACUCCCAGUACCAAAGGCUUAGAAUGUUCUCCUUCCUCUCCCACCAUGAACUCCUACUUCUACAAGUUCAUGAUCAACCUUCUCAAGAGGUUCAGCAGUGAACGGAAGCUCCUGGAGGUCCGAGGCGCCUUCAUCAUCAGGCAGCUGUGCCUCCUGCUGAACGCGGAGAACAUCUUCCACUCGAUGGCGGACAUCCUGCUUCGAGAAGAGGACCUCAAGUUCGCCUCGACCAUGGUCCACACCCUCAACACCAUCCUGCUCACCUCCACCGAGCUCUUCCAGCUGAGGAACCAGCUCAAGGACCUGAGGACACUGGAGAGCCAGGACCUGUUCUGCUGCCUGUACCGCUCCUGGUGCCACAACCCCGUCACCACCGUGUCCCUCUGCUUCCUCACCCAGAACUACCGGCACGCCUACGACCUCAUCCAGAAGUUCGGGGACCUGGAGGUCACGGUGGACUUCCUCACGGAGGUGGACAAGCUGGUACAGCUGAUCGAGUGCCCCAUCUUCACAUAUCUGCGCCUGCAACUGCUGGACGUGAAGAACAACCCAUACCUGAUCAAGGCCCUCUACGGCCUGCUCAUGCUGCUGCCCCAGAGCAGCGCCUUCCAGCUGCUCUCCCACCGGCUCCAGUGCGUGCCCAACCCCGAGCUGCUGCAGACCGAAGACAGUCUGAAGGCCGCCCCCAAGUCGCAGAAGACGGACUCCGCCAGCAUCGACUACGCGGAGCUGCUGCAGCACUUCGAGAAGGUCCAGAAGAAACACCUGGAAGUGCGGCACCAGCGGAGUGGGCGCGGGGACCACCUGGACCGCAGGGUGGUCCUCUGACAGGCCCGGCCUGGAGAAGGGCCCACUGGGGUCUUCGGGCCCCUUCCCGCAGCCUGAGGGCCUGCCUCCGAGCAGGCUGGCCCUGCCACAGCCCAGGGAAUGGAGCAGGGGUGGAGGCCGUUCUGUCUACCCCCGCUCGCACCACCCGGCCCCCUGGCCGCCAGCUCUGUCCAGCAUUCGGCUCGAGCUGGCUUCCCACAGGGUGGGGCCGCAGCCUCAGACGCCACCUGUCCUCCGGGAUGAGUCUUUCUGACGCCCUCCGGCAAAGAGCUUGACCUCCCAGCCCACCAGAGAGAGCCCUGGCCUCAUGCAAUGCGUGUAUGCGUGGCUGUGUGCACACGGGGGCCAGCACAGAGCUCCGUGUGAACGAUGCAUUCCCGCCCCAAUAAAGAAACGACAGGAAACCCUCA